AUGGGCGCUCAAGGACUGGUCGCCACCGGCGUCCCGCCGCAACCUCUCUGGCUUUUGUACAUCAAGAUUGCCAUCCUCGUUCUCUCACUCAUCGUCCUCGCUUUGGCGGCGUAUUCGCUGUCCCUCUUCCCCGUCGGCGCUGGUGGCUUCGACAUUUUCAUUGCCAUCUGGAGCUGGCUCAUCUACGGCACAGCGGGCGCGCUCGAGCUCUGGGCGCCGCAGUACUUCUUCCGCAUCGGCGCCCUCAUCGGCUACAUUCUCAGCAUCAUCUUCUGGCUGUCCGCCUGGGCGUGGUCGGCGAGCUCGGCGGCCGUCUGGAUGGCGUACGGCACGGGCUCGAUCUACUCGUAUUACAGCAAUGUUGGCGGCGCGCUUGCGGGCGCGGCGGCGUUGGGUGCUGUUGCUUGGAUCCUCAACAUCGUCCACCUCUUCUUCUUCAUCCGCGCCUCAGUCUCCGACGACGCCGGCUCCGGCUCCGGCCAGGCCGAGCUCGGCCAGAUCAAGCCUGAGGGUGGCCCCGUCCCCCAACAGCAGCAACAGUUCCAGCAGGUGCCUCCCCAGCAGCAGUAUCAGCAACCCCAGCAGCCGUACCCGGACCAGCAGUACCAGCAGCCGCAGCCGGGGUACCCAGUUGAGCAGCAGCAGUAUCAGCAGCAGCCGUAUCAGCAGCAGCCGGUGCAGCAGUAUCCUCCUCAGUAA